CGGGGGUGGAAAAAGAAAGGAAGGAAGGAAAGGAGAAAAAAAGAGAGAGAAGCUAAGGGAUUAUUAAACUGCAGGUAGGCUGUGCCUUGACAGCUAUUUAGGAAUGUGAGCCGGCGAAAAGCAGACUUUGCCCAAUACCUGUUGUCUAUAUAUAUAUAUAUAUUGUAGCUCCAGCAGGAGACCUGUUGGAAACCUUCAUUGGACACGGAAGGAACAGGACAUGGCUCCGUGGCCUGAGCUGGAAGACGCAGAGACCAAUAAAUAUAUUGAAGACCCUUCCUCAAAACCCCAGAAGAUCAUGUCUGACAAACAGGGGAAAGAGACCAAAGACGGGGUCAUUUCCAUGGGAAACCAGGUGGAGCUUCUGCCUGCAUAUUCCACCAUUGCUUUGACUGCUGCAUCCGAAGAGGAAGAAGAAGAUCCGUGGAAGCUACCAGAACUUCAGGAUACCGGAGUCAAAUGGUCAGAGCUCGAUGGAAAACACAAAGUCCUUUAUGUUUUGCGAGGCGCCGUGAAAUUUAUUCUUCUGCUCGGAUUGCUUUACUUUUUCGUUUGCUCCUUGGACGUGCUCAGCUCUGCCUUCCAGUUAGUUGGAGGCAAAGCAGCAGGGGACAUUUUCAAGGAUGGUUCCGUCUUAUCAAAUCCCGUCGCCGGCCUCGUCAUCGGCGUUCUGGUGACAGUGAUGGUGCAAAGUUCCAGCACGUCCUCCUCUAUCAUUGUCAGCAUGGUGUCUUCUUCACUGUUGAGCGUUAAGCAUGCUAUCCCCAUCAUAAUGGGAGCCAAUAUUGGGACUUCGGUGACAAACACUAUUGUGGCACUGAUGCAAGCUGGAGAUAGGAAUGAAUUUCGAAGGGCCUUUGCGGGGGCCACUGUCCACGAUUUCUUUAACUGGCUCUCCGUGUUUGUCCUGUUGCCCAUCGAAGUGGCCUCUCAGUAUCUCUACCGCCUGACCAGCCUUAUCGUGGACUCCUUUCAGCUGGAAAGUGGGGAAAACGCCCCCGAAUUGCUGAAAGUCAUCACGGAUCCCUUCACAAAACUCAUCAUCCAGCUCGAUAAAUCAGUCAUAAAUGCAAUCGCGACGGGAGAUGAAUCAGCGAAGAAUAAAAGCCUGGUGAAAAAUUGGUGCAAAACAACCAAGAAUGUGGUUGAAAUGAAUACGACCGUCCCAGGACCCGAAAACUGCACGGGGCUUUGCUGGACCAGCGGAAAUAUGACCUGGACCCUCAAAAACGUGACGGAAACCCAGAAUCUUGAGAAAUGCAAGCACAUUUUUGUAGGAUCUCAGCUGCAGGAUCUGGCCGUGGGUCUCAUCCUGCUCGCGCUCUCGUUGCUCGUGCUCUGCACUUGCCUGGUGUUGAUCGUCAAACUCCUGAACUCGGUGCUUAAAGGACAAGUCGCGAAUGUCAUCAAGAAAACGCUCAAUACUGAUUUCCCCUUCCCGUUUUCUUGGGUAACUGGUUAUCUGGCUAUGCUGGUAGGAGCUGGGAUGACCUUCAUUGUUCAAAGCAGUUCGGUCUUCACCUCGGCUAUCACUCCACUUGUUGGAAUCGGGGUUAUAAGUAUAGAACGGGCCUACCCCCUAACUUUGGGGUCAAAUAUUGGGACAACGACAACAGCCAUUCUAGCCGCAUUGGCCAGCCCGGGAAACCGACUGAAAUACUCCUUACAGAUCGCGCUGUGCCAUUUCUUUUUCAAUAUCUCAGGGAUCAUCCUUUGGUACCCGGUUCCUUUUAUGCGUAUCCCCAUCCGCUUGUCAAAAGGUCUGGGGAAUAUCACCGCCAAGUACCGAUGGUUCGCCAUUUUCUACCUCCUCACCUGCUUCUUCCUGAUCCCGUUGGCCGUGUUCGGCCUUUCGGUGGCCGGUUGGCCCUACCUGGUGGGCGUGGCUGUCCCCGUCUUCUUGGCCUUGAUCUUCGUGCUCACCGUCCACCUCCUGCAGAAGAAGAAGCCACACCUGCUCCCGGAGAAGCUGCGGAGCUGGGAUUUCCUUCCCCGGUGGAUGCAUUCCUUGCGGCCCUGGGAUGAUGCCAUAACCGCCGCGGGCGGCGCCUGUGGCAGGUAUUGCUGCUGCUGCUGCAAACGUUGUCGAAACAAGGAGGCUGACCCGAGCGAGGAAACCAAGGACACGAAAGCGUUGGAAGUUCACGAGAACCCCGUAUCGCUGGCCGACGAAGAGAACUGUCUUUCCAAGGCCGCGAAAGCAGAGAAAGCAGACUUGAGCACCACGGCGUUGUAGCAGAGAGGGGGACGUUGAGGCCCAAGGACGGAACGUUUGAGGGGCCUGCCUAGAGGGGGAAACGGGGAACGCGGGGCCAGUGACGUGCGCUCAGUGAGAAGAUUCAACCAGGGAUGGGCAACCACAAUUGUCAAGAACCCUUAAGUCGUGUCUGAAUCUCAAGACACACAUUCAAAUCACCGGUAAGGUUAAGGCUUUACCUCACACCUGCUCACGUCAUGGAAAAAGCAAAGUCCUCUACUUGUCUCCACACUAAGGAGACUCCCUGUGGACAAGUACUCCACUUGGUUUUUUUAAGAGAUUUAUGAGUCAACAGUGCUUCUGCCCAUCACUGCUAAGGCUCUCUCAUUUGCAGUCCUGUAGAAGUCCGAUCUACUCCGCGUUCUCAGCAUCAGUAGACCCACAAGUAGGACAUCUGGCCAUGGGCUAUAUCGUAUAGUAGCUCACUAGCUGAAUCAGGUUUUCAGCAAGAGCUUUAAAACCAUAUCCCCUCAAUCCCAUGUUUUGGAGAGUUCAGGCCUACGCCAUUGUAACAUAAUGUAAUAUAGUGUGUACCACACAGAUCCGUUCAACCAAAUCAAUUUUCUAAAACCGUGAAUAAGUGCCGGUUGAGGUGUGUAUUUAAGAAAUUAUCUCUCUCUAUAUAUAUAUAUAUAUAUUUAGUACUGUAGGUUCUGUGGUUUGUGCAAUUUAUGACCUUUCUAAAGCACUUGUCCUUUUUUCCCGGCCUAAAUUAUUUGAAGGCUGAUUUGAGAGAACAAUCGUCAAAAGAAUUGAACUGCUAUAUCUCCAUAGGAUAUGCAGGAACGCCGUUUUUGAUUAGUGGACACAAGAUAGUGAGGAAGAAGAGCGCAGGGGUGGGUUCCUGUACCGGUUGGCACUGGUUCACUUCAUGCGUGCUUUGCACGCAUGCGCUGCUUGGUCCACCCGUGCACCCGCGGCACAUUGCUUGCGCAAGCUCGGUUGAGUGAAAAUUGCUCUGCGCAUGCGCAGAAACAUGCCAGCAACAGCAAAAGAGAGCAGGGAACCGGUUCAGGGGUGUGGC